AUUAACAAAAGUUCUUUGUGGCGGCUUGCAGAAAAGCCACAAACAUUUUAAUUCCCGUUUUUUUUUUGCAAACGGGCGACGCAAUGCAUGAUGGGUAAUACAGCAUCCCUCUAGACAGGCCGGGCCCGGCCUCCUUCAUCUGUUGCUAUGGAGAUGCGCUCCCCUCCCUCCGAACGUCACUUGACAAAACAAGACCACGUGACCCCCUGUCCUCGGCUUCCCACCCUUCACCUAGUUCCAUCCGUCUGUCCAUCACUAUAAAGCUCCGUCCAAUCGCGAAGGACGUCUUAUAUAGUAUCCCUUUAGGCCCGCCGCUUGUAAGGAGCCCGCCGACCAAUGAGGGGCGAGAUGCGCGUUCGCUGUCCAUAGAGGCGGUGUUUCCAAAUACACACGCAGACGUAACGAAGCGCCUCAGAAAGACGGAGACGUUGGUUAGACCGACGUGCUUAGGGACCAAUGCGUCCGCAUUGCCGCAAGGAGGAAGCCCGCCUUCCUCCCCGAGGAGCCAAUCAGCGGGCGGCGUGUCUCCGUCGCUCCGUCUUCUAGUCGCUUCAGCCGUAUUGGAAAUAACAGGGCUUCGCGGAGAAGCGCGGGAGGCUCUGGAGUCGUUUCGCCGGUCCCGGAAAAAGCGAGCUGGAGGCUUUCAAAGAAGCCCCGGGGGCGGCCGCCGGGUCCUUUCGGAGGCCUCGUCAUCACCCUUAACUCUUCCAAAUCCUCCACCGGCAGCGGCAGGAGCGGGCUCAAUGCGCAUGCGCCAAGGCCUCUCCUGCUUCCGAGCCCUCCGGGCCGCCGCCGGGUCGCCGUCAGCAUGAGCCAAAGUGCUGCCGUCCUGCCCCCGCCGGGUCCCACCUCCCGCUCCAUGCAUGUGGAGCUGCCGUCUCAGCAGCGUCGCCUCCGUCAUUUGCGUAACAUCGCAGCCCGGAAUAUUGUCAAUAGGAACGGUUAUCGCCUCCUGGAUACCUAUUUCACUCUUCACUUGUGCGACAACAUAAAUAUAUGUAAAGAAUUUUAUAAGAGUGAAGUCAUAAAGAAUUCAUUGAAUCCGACAUGGCGCAGCCUUGAUUUUGGUCUAAUGCCCGAUCGCCUUGAUACGUCUGUAUCCUGUUUUGUGGUGAGGAUAUGGGGUGGCAAGAAUGAUACCUAUCAGCUACUGAUUGAGUGGAAAGUCACUCUAGAUGGACUCAAAUAUUUGGGCCAGCAGAUACAUGCUCGUAGCCCGAAUGAAAUCAUUUUUGGGCUGAACGAUGGCUAUUAUGGAGCCUUGUACGAGCGAAAGGGUGUCCCAGAAAUCCAAAAGAAUCUGCAAGUGGAUCCAAAUUGUGUCCGUAACUCAUAUGAUGUCUUCUCUUUGCUAAGGCUCCACUGGGCCCAGUGCGCCAUUAAGCAGACUCAGGUAACCGUUCAGAAAAUAGGAAGGGAGAUUGAAGAGAAACUGAGGCUUACGUCUACAAGCAACGAACUGAAAAAAGAGAGUGAGUGUUUACAGUUGAAGAUUCUGGUGCUUCAGAAUGAGCUAGAGAGGCAGAAAAGAGCCCUGGGCCGGGAAGUAGCCUUACUGCAUAAGGAACAAAGGGCACUACUUGAAAGAGGAAAAGUGUUCGAAGAAGAACAUUCAAAGCUCCUCUUAGAUAAGGAACCUCUACAAGAAUUAAGGAAAGAAUGCACUGCCAAGAGAGAGCAGUUCUUGAAGACCAAUGCUCAGCUGACCAUCAGGCGGAGGCAACUGCUCUCGGAGCUUUCCUGUAUUUAUCCGAUUGAUACGAACGAUCAAGAACAUUAUUUUAUUUGUGGAGUGAAGCUGCCCAAUUCUGAAAACUUCCAAGCAAAGGAUGAUGGGAGCAUUGCCGUCGCUCUGGGCUAUACGGCUCACCUGGUCUCCAUGAUUUCCUACUUCUUGCAAGUACCACUCAGGUAUCCCAUCAUUCACAAGGGCUCCCGGUCGGCCAUCAAAGAUAACAUUAAUGACAAACUGACUGAGAAAGAAAGA